AUGACAAGCGGUGGCAAACCUGAACGUAUAGUCCCAAACUAUCGGAUAAAGAGGAUUUUGGCUCUCGAUGACGAAGCUCCAAAGGUUAACAAAGCCGCCGUUACGGCUCUAGCCAAGGCUGUGAGGAAGUGUCCAAAAGGAGAGAGUCCGGGUAAUUGCAAAGAUGAUGGAGUUAUAUAUGCAGAAAAGGGAAACCUUCUAGAGCCUGCUACAGAUUAUAGGUAUGUCACCCACGGAAAACCUUUUGGACCGGUAAUAACAGAUCUUUACUACGGUGAACAUGAACUUCAGAUAAACAAUGGUGGAGGACCCACUUCAUUGUCUACUAAACGCCCCGAUGCAUGGGAAGUAACAACUUACUACUCUUUUACACAUGAUGGUGGUGAGGAAAUAAAUAAACCUCUCGUCCUCAGGCUUCAGGAUUAUAAAGGAGAACAUUGGUAUUAUAAUGCGGACGGAGAUGCCAAUGAUCGUAAAGAAGAUGAAGGACCUAAAGAACCAAAUACUAGAUGGAAGAAGAUUGAUAAUACUAGGGAAUUUCCUAGCAGUGACACAGAAUCUGUUAGUCUUCAGUUCAAGAAUGAACUAGAUAGGCUUGCAUGUAAACUCCACGAUCUCCAUUCUGUUGACAUUUAUGAGAAUGGCGGUAUCCAUGGAAAAUACUCUUGUCCGUGCAAAAAUAUUAAUGUGGACAUAGAGAAAUCUCUUAAUAAGGAUGGAAUAAAUGGAUACAUUUGUUACACUCACAGGUAUGACCCAAGUAUAACAAGGGCUAGAUAUAGGAGUACUCUUCUUACAUGGAGAACUGAUGAAGGUGCUAAAUAUGAAGCAUUUUCACUCAGUGACAAAACCCUUAAUCUCUCUGUUUUCUAUUGGGAUAAAGAUGAAGAUCAUAGGAAACCCCUACUUAUGCAAGUAUAUGUUGGAAGUAUGGAAGCUGGUCUCUUUGGUAAGGCACCAAGAGAUGUUUCCAAGGAAGAGGGUGAAUAUCCUAAUCCAUACUGUAAAGCCUACAAUCAUGAUGGUUGUCCUCAGAAUGUUAAAGUUACUGAUUACAAUGGUUAUAAGCCAUCUGGAUAUACUGCUCUUCGGCACAUCUACGGUACCGAUGGCACAUUCACUAUAACUGGUUUCACCGGGGAACCUAAAAUAUACGAGAAAGAGUUUCCAAUAUGGAAUGUUAAGGAACUAAUAGUAUUUUUUCCAAAGCGUGAUAAAGAGCCCCCUGGAGCUACCAACGCGCCUUUCCUUGUCUAUGUUAGCAGUGAUGGCGGAAGGACUAAGAAGUGGUACACUGGGAAAGGUCAUAGAUUGUAUAGGAAUAGGGAUGGAAAUAGCUGGGAAGUGGAGAAAGAUGGGCUACAGGAGAUUAUUAAACGACUAGAACAACAACUUGCUGAAGAAAUCCCUAAGAUAGGUGAACCAACUGCCAUUACAGAAAAAACUCUUGAACAUGCUGAUUUAUCUGACCAAGUUCCUGAUACAGAGUCUGAGACUAAGAUUCUCCUACAGGGCAGUCCAGUGGCUCAAAUGGCUGGAAACGUUUCUCCUGUAGUAGGUCAUACUCUUACAGCACUAAGUGGUUCUAGAGGUACUGCUCUUUCUGGAGAAGAAGGUGGUUCUGCUCAACCUGCUGUUACUACUGAUCCUUCUCUUACUACUACUACUACUGAAGCUGAAGCUGUUACUCAAGCCCAUUCUAAUUCUGUCUCUACUCCUGGAACUUCGCCUCCUCAAAACCAUUCUAACACUGACUCUUUUUGGACUAUUGAAAAGAUUAUCCCUACGGUAUUAACUGGAGUUGGUACUUCUGCCUUGGCUUGUUUCACUGGAUGGAAACUAUAUAAUCGCUAUAAAGGAGACCCUUGGGUUAGACAUAUGAGAUUCUAUGGAUGA